CCCGAUUACUAUUAUUACAAGAAAAACAAUCGCAUACGCAGUGGCGCCCUAUCUCCUCUCUCUUUCUCAAAGAGACAUCUCCAUAGUCGCUGGACAGAGAGCCAUGGACUCGCAGAUGGAACAGAAGAAGAAGAAGAAGCAAAGGACUAAGAAGCUUCAGAGGAGACACGCUGAGCUGCCAGAAAAGGUGGGUAAGCCAAAGAAAGCUAAGAGAAAGGAAAAGGAGGAUCAUGGUCCAUCAAAAAAAUCUAAGAAGUCACUGAAAAAAGGAGAAGCCGAUCAUGAUGAGGUUUGUCAUCUCUCUCCUGUGGACGAGGACUGCUCAAAAGCGAUGAAAGGUAAGUCCAAGAAAGUGAAGAUAAAGAGAAAGAGGGAUAAGGAUUCAUCCAAGGAGGUUGAAAAGUCCCAGGAAAAGGCUAUAGAAGUUGAUCGAGAUGAUGUUUAUCAAAUCUCUUCUGGGGACGAGGACUGCACGAAAGGAAUGCGAAAAUGGAUUACAGAAUACCACCAAAGUAGACCAGGACUGAUGAUAUUGCAGCAAAAAAUUGAUGAGUUUAUAACUUCACAUGAGGCACAACUAGAACAGGAAAGGAAAGAAAGAGAAGCCCAAGCUGCUGAAGGGGGUUGGACAGUUGUUGUACAUCAUAAAGGAAGGAAAAAGACAACAGAUGCUGAAAGUGGAACUACUGUGGGCUCAAUAGCACAGGCUGCUGUGGAGGAUAAGAUGGUCAAGAAGAAGCAUAAAGAAGUUGGCUUAAAUUUCUACCGCUUUCAAAGAAGAGAAGCCCAGAGGAAUGAGAUUAUGAUGUUGCAGAGCAAGUUUGAGCAGGAUAAAAAAAGGAUACAACAGUUAAGAGCUUCGAGGAAAUUUCGACCUUACUAAACACUGCACGGUUGAAAGAACAGCCAGCCGCCGAACCAUUAGAAAUUUUGCCCCGAAUAUCUAUUCUAUUUUGUGGCCCCUUCUGGAGAAAUCAGCUAGCGUGACAUGUUGUGAUUAUUUGAUGAGCAUACAGUUUCAGUAAUCUUUGUCAUGCCAGAAUUUAAUGCCGAUCGAACUUUGCAGUUUGAGUUUAAGGAAGUUCGAGGUAACAGGGUUUCAUGGCACUAACAUGGAAUUAGUUUAUAUUUGCCACUUUGAAAAUUGACUCGUUCAUAGCACUAGCAAUGAUUUAUUCAUCUUUAUUUUUGAAGUCAAAUUUGAAUAAACUUGUCACAAUUUCAUCUA